GUGUCGUGCAAUAGCACCAGGUGCCGCCACUCAUCUGCGAUUAUCUGUAGACGCCAAGAUGUGGCGCCACACUCGAUAUAGUAUGUAUAUAUAGGACAGACAUCCUUCAAUAAAGGGCUCCCGUUCGUCUGGGCUACGAUGUGUGGUGUGGUGCAUCCGUUCGGCCGCACCGUCCGGCCGACAUAACAAACUGGCGACGAGGAUGCUACCCGGAAUUUCGCCGCCGCCGCCGUUCCUCGUUUCACCAGGCACGCCCGCCAUCCCCUGGCCGCGAUGGCUGCGCCUGUUUGAAAACUUCACGCUCGCCUCUGGAGCGUCUGAGCUAUCGGCGGCCCGCCGCCGAGCCCUCCUUCUGCACUGCCUCGGACCUGAAGGACAACGAAUUUUCGACGCCCUGCCACCGCCACCACCAUCGAACGCCCCAGACCACCCGCCCGCGCAUCCGAGUGCGGGAACCGCCCCCCUUCAGACGGUUACGCCUUCUGCAACCACCGCUGCAGUUGGAACGACAGAGAUCAAACAAGCCGAUGCCGAGCUCGCACAGCCACCGGACGAGUACGACGCAGCUGUUCAAGCCCUGGCUCGACACUUUUCCGCUACUUGCAACGUACGCGUCGAGCGACAUCGCUUCCGUGACCGUCGUCAACUGCACGGUGAGCCGAUAUCGGAGUUUGCUCUUGCGCUUCGCGAACUGGCUUCGUCAUGCAACUUUGCCGCGCAAGCGGAUACAAAUCUGUGCGACCAGUUCGUCGCCGGGGUCACAUGCCCGCGCCUACGGGAGCGGCUAUUGCUCGAGGGUGACGCGCUCACGUUUGACCGCGCCGUGGAGAUAGCGCUUCUUCGCGAGCAAGUGCAGCGCGAAUCCGAAGCUCUCGGAACAGCCCCUGUGGAUCGAGUAGUACCACAACAUAACCGCGGACGCAACCCGACAGGCCGUCGCAGACAUGUACGCCAGUCCAGCAGUACCGACCGACGUAGUACGCCUAGCUCUUCGCGCUCCGGCUUCGUUCGUCCGCCUGCGCCGGAGAUUGCUAGCGCCGUCGUCCCGUACUCCGUAAACACAAACGUGUGCGGCAACUGCGGCGCACAAAACUGCCAGCCGUCAGCCUGUGCAGCCCGCGGUCGAGCCUGCUUCGCGUGCGGCCGCCGAGGCCACUUUCAACAGUACUGCCGAAAUUCGCGUCGCGGACGUGGAAGACGCCCGGCUCGAGUUGCCGAAAUCGUUUCAGAGGAAGACGCUGAGAGUGUCGUGAAUAUUUUUACUGUUCACGCUGAGAAGCGUACGGGCGUCUACGUUGAUGUCGGGGUUCAACCUGUUGCUCUGGCAUCACGCCCGUGCGUCAUAACAUUCUUAGUGGACACUGGCUCAGCUGUGUCGAUAAUGGGAGAACAUAACUUUAGGAGCCGGUUCAGAGACCAAGUUGAGCUGAAAAAGUCGCAAAUAACGUUGCUGGAUUUCUCACGUCGGAAAAUUCCUGUGCAUGGCCAGUUCACCGCCCUCGUAACGUACAAAUCAGAAACGGCUGUAGUAACGUUUCACGUUACACCAGGUGGAACAUCACUCCUGGGUGUUGAUGCUGUAAAAGCUCUUGGUCUCCAGAUUGUAGGCACAGAAUUGCGCUGCCUUAAUAUGGCCGUUGAACCGAACGUCGACACAAAAGGCCCCAAAAUCCUACGCCCCGAAAUGCAUUCGCAGAACACAAACAAGUUGUCUCCGCCCACCACGAAGCCACCACUGGGUCCACCCAAGUUUGGUAUGCCUACUUCAUUAUGGGCCAAGUUCGAACACUUGUUUUCACCAGAGCUAGGACUUGCCAAAGGUGUCCAGCAUCGGGUCAAGCUCAAACAGUCGGUAGCUCCUGUCACGCAGAAGCUCAGACGCCUACCACUUUCAGUGCGAGAAGCAGUCAGCGACGAACUGAGGAACCUACUUUCUGCUGAUGUCAUUGAAUGCGUAAAUGCGUCAGAGUGGGUUUCCCCUAUUGUUGCAGCUCGCAAGAAAGAUGGCAGCAUUCGCAUCUGCGUGGACCUCCGCGAAGCUAACAAAGCUGUGGUGGUCGACAGCUUUCCCCUGCCACACACAGAAGAGUUGCUGCAUGCCCUGAACGGUGCCCGUUACUUUUCUAAGUUGGAUUUGGCCUCCGCAUACUACCAGGUUCUGCUUCAUCCAGACAGUAGAGAUAUUACAGCGUUCAUAACGCACGAUGGCCUUUUUCGAUUUAAGAGAGUAUGUUUCGGCCUAGCCUCAGCACCAGCAGCAUUCCAGCAACUCAUGACGUCAAUUCUACAGGGAUGCAAAGGCGUUCUCUGCUACCUGGACGACGUCAUCAUCUUCGGCAAGUCGGAGAAAGAGCACAUGCGGAACUUAGAGGAAGUCCUGCAACGAAUUUCACACGCUGGGCUCAAGCUAAAUGACAAAUGUGUUUUCAACACAUCCGAACUCUCGUUUCUUGGUCACCGCGUUAGCGCCGAAGGAGUAGCACCCCUUCAGACCAAAGUUGACGCCAUUGUUCACGCUGCCACCCCUACAGAUGCUGGCAAGCUCCGGUCGUUCCUGGGACUAGUAGAAUACUAUGCUAGAUUUGUUCCACGCCUAGCAGAGGAAGUGGAGCCCAUGCGCAGACUUCUUCGUAAGGACACUCCUUUUAUCUGGGACACUGCUGCUGAGAACAGUCUUACAAGAGUAAAGAACCUCCUAGCCUCCCACAGGGUACUACAAAUGUUCGAUCCAGCACUUCCCGUCAUUGUGGCCACCGAUGCAUCCGCAUAUGGUUUAGGUGCGGUACUGCAACAAGUUGAUGGUCGGCACAUUCGAACUGUGGCAUUCGCGUCACGAACAUUGACGGAAGCAGAACGGAAGUACUCGACUGGUGAACGUGAGGCUCUAGCUUGCUUGUGGGCUCUAGAGAAAUGGCAUGUGUACCUAUGGGGUCGUCCAGUUACUCUGCAAACGGAUCACCAAGCUCUAGUAGCCCUGCUUUCUUCUCAAGGCACAGGACAGCGACCACUCCGCAUAGCAAGAUGGACUGCACGGUUACUGCGGUACAACUUCACGAUGCAGUACAGGCGUGGUGAGCACAACAAGGUAGCUGAUGCCUUGUCCCGGCUACCUCUUCCAGACACUGAAGGUGGCCCCGAGUCAGAAGAAGAAAUAGUGUCUCUGGUAAUGUGUGUACAUCACGAUGAACUGAAGCAUGCAACCGCGGAGGAUAGCACUCUCCAAGACGUUGCCCGUUACGUACAGACAUCGUGGCCGCCACGCAAAAACCUGGCACUUAACCUGACUCCCUACUAUGAAGUCCGAAAGGAGUUGACAGUGGUUGAUGGCAUACUCUUGCGUACUGAGCGCAUCGUAGUCCCCGCCAAGCUCACAGCCACUUUUGUCCAGCUGGCUCACGAAUCACACCCUGGUAUCGUGAAAACCAAACAACGCCUACGAGAGAAGUAUUGGUGGCCAGGGUUAGACAAACACGUUGAAACAACUAUCCGCAGUUGUGCCAUUUGUCAGAGCGCGGACAAAAGUGCCAAGAACUCGCCCACACCACUGCAGCCAAUCCCUCUUCCUGACAAACCUUGGGACAAGAUAGCUAUUGACAUUGUUGGUCCCUUCGAGCGUGCACCUACAGACUGCAGAUUCGUCAUUUCAGUAGUUGACUAUUUCUCAAAAUGGCCAGAAGUGGCUUUUUGUGCUGAUGUUACCUCCCGCACGGUGACGAAGUUUCUACUCUCACUCUUCGCACGUGAGGGUUACCCGACAGAGAUAGUGUCUGACCACGGCAGACAGUUCACAUCGAGGGAAUUUGAAUCCUUCCUUGAAGACCGUGGAAUCAGGCACAUCUUUUCUGCCGUAUACCACCCACAGGCAAAUGGUCUAGUGGAAAGAUUUAAUCGGGUACUGAAGUCGUACAUUCAACUGGCCCUGCUGGAGCAGCGCCCAGUGAAGGCAACUGUGACUGAAUACUUGGGAGUAUACAGAGCCACCUCUCACAGCACCACCGGUCUCUCACCGGCCGUUCUUCUACAUGGCCGACACAUGAGAACAUCGCUGGCUGUAAUUGGUCAACCUACGGCCGACUUCAGCACAAAUCCAUCGCGGGAGAUGAGCGUGCUCAGGAAAAGAGUCGCAGAGCAUCAACGGAAGAGCAAGGCCUACGCUGAUCAACGGCGAGCUGCUAGGGUCCCCAAGUUCCAAGUGGGCACCUACGUACGAGUGAAAAAACCAAUUCCCGGACCAAAGGGCACUCCAAGUUAUGGACCACCAUUGAAAAUCCUCAAAAGAAUCGGCCGCUGGUCUUUCUGUCUGGAAGACGGUCGAACCUGGAACGCUUCGCAGCUGUCAGCGGUACCAAAAGAGGCAUCGCCAGAGCAAGGAACUAACAUAGACAUCUCUGGCGCGCACGACAUGCCCCCGUUGACAGACUGUCACAGGAGAGAUGUACCAUCGAAGACUUGGAUCACUACGCCUGCUGGUCCGCAUCAAACGCAGGAAGCGAGUUCCGCUGAUCAACUUGCGUCUCCCUCACGCCCUGUACCACUACCCGUGCCGCCGAGCCCACCACAGUCGCAAGGUUCGCAACCGCAUACCCUGGCUUCAGGCUCUCGCACGGUGGAGUGCAGUGUACCGGUAGAAGGCAAUGGACUCGAUGCCGAGCCACCGCCUGACCGGCCAAGGAGAAAUCGCAGACCUCCAGUGCGCUUCCAAGAUUACGUGCAGUGA